GGGGACCAAGGUGAUGGGAACAAGCUUUGGCUGGCGCUCAUCAAGAGCAUUGAGGAGAAGGACAAGGUCAAGUUGUUGGCCAAGGCUCUUGAUUACAUUUGGAAGAAAUUCAUUCCAGUGGUAUGUUUCUGUUUAGGCAAUGGUAUCUUCAGGGAUUGGCUCAUGCACAUGGGCUUCAGAGCUGCAAACAAGUACACCAUCACAGACCUGGACCAUCUGAACAUGGAGCCAGGCCAUUCACAGAGAUCUGGAGCUUGCAUUGCCAAGCCUGGAACCAAAGGCUCAAGUCUCUUCAAGUAUGUUGACUUCCCCAGUCUGGCUCCAAAAAGGGAAGGAUUGCAGAUAGGCGAAGAGAUAGAUGAAAAGGAAGACAAGCAGGUAGACAAGGAGGAAGACAAGUGGGUAGACAAAGACAAAGACAAGUGGGUAGAUGAAGACAAAGACAGGCAGGAAGAGGAGCAGGUAGAAUCCUGUGACACCACAGCCUGUUUGAAUCUUUGUAGACCUUUUUUUCCCCUUUGUGCAGGUCAGUGGGAUUGGUGA